UGUCCUUGGGACUCUUGCACUUUUUAUAUAGGAGGAGCUUGGGUGGGGUGGAGCACUUCUGUACAACCUCCUGCGUGACUGUCAUAUAUGAUUGCAGAAAGAACCAGAAAGGUGGUUCCACCAAACUGCAGGCCAAUAAAUGAAGAUCCUUGGCAAGAGAUACUAAUGCCAAGGUCACAUGACCGUCAUACUACUUGGUUACCCAGGUUAUGCCGUUCAUCUUAAGUCUACUUUAUCCAGGAACUUUCUCUCCUUUGGGGUCCUUUACUUGGUAUUGAUUGCCUUUUGGGUCAUAGAAAUACUGUUGCAGAAUGCAUCUUGUCUUGUUCUUGCAGCCCGGCAUGCCAGUGCUUCCUCCACGAAUUUGAAAGACAUAUUGGCUGACCUGAUACCUAAGGAGCAGGCCAGAAUUAAGACCUUCAGGCAGCAACAUGGCAAGACGGUGGUGGGCCAAAUCACUGUGGACAUGAUGUAUGGUGGCAUGAGAGGCAUGAAGGGAUUGGUCUAUGAAACAUCAGUUCUUGAUCCUGAUGAGGGCAUCCGUUUCCGAGGCUUUAGUAUCCCUGAAUGCCAGAAACUGCUACCCAAGGCUAAGGGUGGGGAAGAACCCCUGCCUGAGGGCUUAUUUUGGCUGCUGGUAACUGGACAUAUCCCAACAGAGGAACAGGUAUCUUGGCUCUCAAAAGAGUGGGCAAAGAGGGCAGCUCUGCCUUCCCAUGUGGUCACCAUGCUGGACAACUUUCCCACCAAUCUACACCCCAUGUCUCAGCUCAGUGCAGCCGUUACAGCCCUCAACAGUGAAAGUAACUUUGCCCGAGCAUAUGCACAGGGUAUCAGCCGAACUAAGUACUGGGAGUUGAUUUAUGAAGACUCUAUGGAUCUAAUCGCAAAGCUACCUUGUGUUGCAGCAAAGAUCUACCGAAAUCUCUACAGAGAAGGCAGCAGUAUUGGGGCCAUUGACUCUAACCUGGACUGGUCUCACAAUUUCACCAACAUGUUAGGCUAUACUGAUCAUCAGUUCACUGAGCUCAUGCGCCUGUACCUCACCAUCCACAGUGACCAUGAGGGCGGCAAUGUAAGUGCCCAUACCAGCCACUUGGUGGGCAGUGCCCUUUCAGACCCUUACCUGUCCUUUGCAGCAGCCAUGAACGGGCUGGCAGGGCCUCUCCAUGGCCUGGCAAAUCAGGAAGUGCUUGUCUGGCUAACACAGCUGCAGAAGGAAGUUGGCAAAGAUGUGUCAGAUGAGAAGUUACGAGACUACAUCUGGAACACACUCAACUCGGGACGGGUUGUUCCAGGCUAUGGCCAUGCAGUACUAAGGAAGACUGAUCCACGAUAUACCUGUCAGCGAGAGUUUGCUCUGAAACACCUGCCUAAUGACCCCAUGUUUAAGUUGGUUGCUCAGCUAUACAAGAUUGUGCCUAAUGUCCUCUUAGAGCAGGGUAAGGCCAAGAAUCCUUGGCCCAAUGUAGAUGCUCACAGUGGGGUGCUGCUCCAGUAUUAUGGCAUGACGGAGAUGAAUUACUACACGGUCCUGUUUGGGGUGUCACGAGCAUUGGGUGUACUGGCACAGCUCAUCUGGAGCCGAGCCUUAGGCUUCCCUCUAGAAAGGCCCAAGUCCAUGAGCACAGAGGGUCUGAUGAAGUUUGUGGACUCUAAGUCAGGGUAAAACUGGAGACUGGGGGAAAGUGACUACCAGAAAGUGAGGAAGCCUAAAUAAAAAGUAUACUUUUGUUUCAGGGGGCCUUUAAAGACUUAAGGUUAAAUUAUAUCUGAGGCACUGAUAUGUUUGAGGUUAAAAUAUUAAUUAAGACUUUAAAAGAUGAAAAAUGGUCCCUUCCCUAAUAAGCUCCCUUCCCCUGCCUGGUAUGAGUUGCCCAUCAUAGGCAUGGUCCUGGAGGAUGACCAGGACUAAUGCAUGUGGUAUGAGUAGGUUUGGCACCCUCACUAUCUCUAGAGUG